AGCUGGUGCCGAUCUGAAACCAAAAGAUGUAUUGGGUAGAAAUGCGAUAUUCCUUGCAAUACUCUUGAAAGUUUCACUGGAUUUAGAUGUUUUACUCAAAUAUUCAGAUUUGAGAAGUGAAGCAGAUGAUGCUACAUAUGACGAAGGAAAAACAUCUUUAAUGGCGGCAGCAGAAAGAGGACCUAAACCUAUGGUAGAAACACUACUCAGAGCUGGCUGUAAUAUCAACCUGCAAGAUCAUCGUGGUAAGACGGCGUUGAUGUUUGCUGUAGACAACCAGGAUGAAACUAUUUUAUCACUUCAGUUACAGAAUGGUGCAGACUGUAAUAUUUGUGAUGUCAAUGGCAAAACAGCGUUGAUGGUGGCAGUGGAGAAACAAAGAUAUGGUCAUUGUGAAGCAUGGAUGAAAUCUGGUGCAUCUGUAAACCAAGUUGAUAACAGUGGAAACACAGCCUUGCUGAUUGCCGUCAAAAUGAAUAACACGAAUAUGGUAAAGGUUUUAUUGAAGGCUGGCACCGAUGUUAACCUGAGUGAUAACAAUGGCAAAACAGCAUUGAUAUUAGAAUUUGAAAACCAAAAAGGGAUGCAUUGUGAAAAUUUGCUGAAAUCUGGUGCAUCUGUAAACCAUGCUGAUAAUGAUGGAAAUACGGCAUUAAUGAUUGCAGUCGGGUUUAAUAACAGGAAUAUUGUAAAUGAUUUACUGAAAUCUGGAGCUGAUGUUAAUUUGAGUGAUGAUAAUGGAACGACGGCUGUAAUGGCAGCAGCAAGAAACUGUAAUAGACCUAUUUUAGAAAGUUUACUAGAUGCUGGAGCUGAUGUUAAUAAAACUGAUACAGGUGGACGAUCAGCUAUACAUGGUAUAAUUGUUGCUUGUAGGUGUCGGAAAUGGAUCAAAUGUCUAAAAUUACUUUUAAUCAAUAAAUGUCACGCGUCUCUUGAUACUCCGGGAGAAAAUGGAAACACGUUAUUACAAUGGUUACUGAAAAAGAACAAAGAAGACCUCAUAUGGUAUCUCGUUACAGAGAACUGUUCUCUUAAAAGUUUGAAUCUUCGAUUGGUCAAAUAUAAAUUCCGGUUUCCAGAUACGUUGAUGCUUUUCAAAAUUCUUUUUGAAAGUGGCGCACCAAAGAACGUUAUUUUUUCUCGUUCAACAUAUGAUGUGGUGCUGAGCGGAUCAAAAAGUACGCGGAAUAAAGAACUCGUUGAUUUCCGUGACUUCUGUAAAUCACGAAGUUUGAAGUCAAGAUGUAGAAGAGAAAUCAGAAACUCUAUCGGACCAGGAAUCAGCAAUAAAAUAUCUCAAGUUGGGUUACCAAAAUUUCUACAAGAUUAUGUCGUCAUGAAAGACUUGAUACCCGAGAAAUACUUUACUCUUGUAGGGUGAUGAAGGGCAAAGAAUCGCCCCCACCCCCAGCCAACAAUCUGUCCUUGGUUCUGUCCUUGGUCCUAUUGUAUUCACGUUAUACAAUUUCAUCUAUACGCAUAUGACACCUAAUUAUAUAUUUCUUUUUCACCUAAACAUCCAGAUUCGUAUGUCAGUUUAAAAGUUGUUAUUGAAGAAUGUAUAUUUUGAAUUAAAUUGUGGAUGCCAAAAAACUUUUUAAAAUUAAAUGAUGAUGAAACUGAAUAUUUAUUA